AUGAUGCACGCCAUCGCCGCGACCCUGGUCCUCGGGCUGCUGCCGGCCACGGCGCACGGAUGGCUCGACGCCAACGGCACGGACUUUGUCGUGAAGCCGUGGAGCCAGCUGCAGACGCUCGCCGUGCGGCGGCGCAAGCGCGGCUGGAUUGCCAUCCAGCGGCCGGCGGCGUGCGAGCCGGAGCACGUCGUCUGCGUGGCGACGCCGCACAACACGAACACGCGCCUGACGGGCAGGCACUGGCAGCACGCGCAGCAGUUAUUGCUGCCGUGCUUUUCCUUAUUUCGCCGGUUCCCCGACCUGAAGCCGACGCUCGAGCUGCGCAACGGCGUGCCCCUCUCGCGGCACCACCCAUACACGCGGUUCAUGCUCGAAUUGAUGGGGGCCGACAUCCGGACGACAAAUAGCACGACGGACUGCGAUUUCCUGGGCUGCGAUAACAUCCCAAAGGACUAUAAGCGGGAACACUGCGAGGUCCUCGGCGGCUUACGGAGGAAAGCGGGCAACGGCGAGGCGAAGACGCCCGCGCUCUGGUUCACCAAUAAAACGGACGCCAGGGAUAUGAGGCAUGCGGCCGCGUGGUCGGCCGCCGUGAUGGCCGCCGAGGCGCGGAGCCACACGAACAUGUGGAGCCACGAGGCCGCCAUUUAUGCUGACCCUUCUAAAAAGCCGCGCGUCGGCGUCCUCAACCGGCCUUCUGUAAGGAACCGGAAGUGGCUCCACGGCAGCGCCUUCGCGGCGUUGGUUGGUGCCGACGAGGUGCUCUUCGAGCAGAAGGCGCCGGCGGAGCAGGCGCUCUGGGUGCACGCCCACGACAUCAUCGUCGCGCCGCACGGGGCCGGUUUGUCGAAUGUGGUGUUUGCACGCCCCUGCACCGUCGUCCUCGAGCUGUACCCGAAGCACUUCUACCUGCCCGGAUUUUAUUUGCCACUCGUUUCUGAUUCAGGUGGCCUGCCGUACACGGGCUACUGGACUCAACUCUCGCCCCGGGAGGCGAGCUCGGAGCGCGCGCGGCGGGGCUACCGCGGGCGGCCCAUCGACGCGUCCGCGGCGUCGAUCGCGCGCGAGAUGCCGCGGCUGACGCGGGCGUGGCGGAAGUGUAUCGAGGAGCGGAAGGGUAA